AUGCCGUCGGUGCAUCGCAAGAGGAGGGGUCGUGGGUACCGCUCGUUUUUAGGACCCGCCACAGCAACUCCAGCGAUGCAUGAAACCGAUAGAAAAUGGCUCGCACAGCGGGACAUGGAUUAUGGCCCCGCCUUUGCGCCCUACACCACCAAGCUCCUCAAACGAGCCGAAGGCUGGGAAGGGCGCCCAGCGCUGUGGGAUAUCAGCCCCGGGUGCCUCCUCUGCCCCCCCCCCCACUACAAGAACCCCGAGGACAUAAACCUGCUACAUCCUCAUCCUAAUAGCGUGGACCACCCCAUUGUCGUCCUCAGCGUCGACGUGUCGGGGCCGGAGGAUGCAAUCGUCACUUUUAUAGGUAUCCAGUCGUUCAAAUCGGUCGGGGCGAAGACGUCGCUGCUUAACUUCUGGAAAAAGUACUUGCCGCUCUCGCGGUCCCGCGCGAGAGCUGGAGAGACGAUCCCGAGGUGCGAGAGAGCUGGAAGGACGCUCUGUUGUUCCGCGAGAACUACACGGCUAGGAAAACAAACGGGAUGCAGUACGUCGAUAUACAGAGUAUUAAGUAGUACGGCGCGGUGGGGGGACCUUCGGUGCUACCAAGGAGAGCGGCGCAUUAUUGGGAUUCCGCAUCGACUGUGCGAGAAGUCGAUGGCGCAGUUGCGGGCGGCGCGGACGUGGUGGGAGGGGCAUUGGAAUACGGGUCGGGGAUUGGUGAGGUGGGAGGACGAGUGGGUGCCGUCAGGAAAGAUGCGGGAUGUGUUUAGACAGAGGUAUAUUGAGGCACUGGGGGAGGAAGACAACGAACUCGGGUCGGUGGUGGCAGGGAAGGUACGCGUCGGGGGAAAGUGGUAA